AUGCACCCAACCCUAACCCCCUACCGUCGACGCGUGUACCGCACGCUCCUCUCCGUCCCGCCAGGCCGGUGGACGACGUACUCGGCGCUGGCAACGUACCUGGGAUCCAGUGCGCGGGCGGUGGGUAAUGCGAUGCGGAGUAAUCCUUUUGCGCCGGGGGUGCCGUGUCAUCGGGUGUUGGCGGCGGAUGGGAGGGUUGGGGGGUAUAAGGGGGAGUGGAGGAGGGGUGGUGGUGGCGGAGAGGUGGUUGAUGGUGCUGAUGGGGGGUUUGUUAGGGAGAAGAUGGCGAGGCUGGAGGAGGAGGGGGUUGUUUUUGUGGAUGGGAGGGUGAAGGGGGUUUGUUUUAGGGAGUUUGUUGAUUUGGGGGGGGAUUUGAUUCUAUCCUACAUAGGGUAUGGUCUGUGA